AUGGUCCUCGGCGAUGACAUCGCGUUCAUCGUCGCGCGCCUCAAGGAGCCGCCGUUCGGCGGCGCGCGGUACGCCUCCCUCACCGGCCCGUCCCUGAGCGAGCUCGGACCCGACGCGACCCGGGAGCUGUGCUUCGACGCGUUCGCCGCGAUCGUCCCCGCGUGGGGCGACGACGCGCGCGACGCCCGCGGCCACCACGGCGGCGAGGACCCGCUCCUGGACUUCCUUCGACACGCCAAGUACGCGCCGCCGCCGUCGACGGACGCGCUGACGAUGCGCGCGGGGUUCGCCGCGGGCGAGCACGACGUCGUCUUCCCCGCGCUUCGGUUCGUCCUGAGCGAUCUCGAUCGAUGCGCGAAGCGCGCGUACGUCGGGCACUUCCUCGCGGACGUCCCGGUCCCGCCCGAGUUUACGCGCGACGACGACGUCCAGGAGCUGAUCCACCAGAGGCACGAGCUGCAGCGGCAGUUCGUGGAGAUCCACAAGGCGGUGGACGCGGCGAGGGCGACGGGGAAGGAUCCGGUCAAGCUGAAACAGCGCGCGACGCAGUUGGAACGCGAGAAGGAAGCCAUCGCGUCGCGCGUCGCCGUCGUGAAGGGCAAGAUCGCGUCGAGGGUGGACGACCGCUCGCGCGUCGCCGCGCUCACGCGCCACGCGACGUCGCUCCGCGCCGCGCGAGAGGAAGAGAUGGAGCUCGCGAGGGCGCUCCGAGAGCAGUACGAAAAGAAGGACGCGUCGGACGCCAAGUACCAACGCGCCGCGGUGCGACUCCGCGAGCAUCGCGCGUCCACCGCGUCGGGGAACCCCAACGCGCUGAUCGCGGCGCUGUCGGACGAGGUGGAGAACGCGCGCGCGCUCGCGAGGGAGAAGCUCCCGGAGGCGCUCGAGAAGAAGCGCGCGCGAUCAGUCGCCGUCAAGGAAGUGUUGGCGUCCGACGCGCGCGCGGACUCGGACCUGCGGCGCGCGACCGAGGACGUCAACGCGCUGCAGGCGGAGACGAGGGAGCUCGAGGAGAGCGUCGCGGUCCUGACGAAGGCGCGCGACGCCGACGCGGCGCUUCGGCAGCAAGCGCAGGUGGCGAAGAGCGUCGCCGCGAAGAGAGACGCGACGCGCGCGAAACGCGACAAGCUGCGGGCGCGGCGAGACCGGCUGACGUCGGAGUACGAGACGGGGGCGGUGCGGACGGAGGGCGGGGACAACACGGGGGGGAGGACGCGCGGCGCGGGCGGCGGCGGGCUCGACGAGGAGAUGCGGCAAAAGUUCGAGACGGUGAAGGCGAAGCUCGCGAGGUAUAAGCAGCUGAAGCGGGAGCUGGACGAGGUCGCCGCGGAGGCGACGACGCUGGCGUCGACUGAGGAGAUUUUGCGCGAACGCCUGUCGCUCGUGUCCGGCGACGUCGCGGAGGAGGAGCGACGCGCGGGCGUGACCGGGUUCGCGGCGGCGUCGGAGACGUUAGAGGAGGUCUCCAGGGCCAAGGCGAGCGUUGACGAGCGGAAGGGCGAGGCGCUCGAGGAGAUCAGCGCGUUCAUCCAGGAGAUUAACAAAAAAGUGAACGAGCGGAAGGGGAAGCUCGCGCCGCAGAUCAAGCGCCUGCGCGAGGCCAGGGCGUCGCACGCGGAGCUCGAAGCUCGGCACGCGGAGAAGAAGGCGGCGUACGACGCGACCGCCGCGACGCAUCGGUCGACGUACGACGCGUUGGAGCGCGAGGUGAACCGAAUGAAAUCGCGAAUGAAGUCGGACGAGGGACGCUUCCGCCUCGCCGACGUCGAAGCCGCGCUCGUGGACGCGCACGUGCGGCGCAUCACGAACGGGCGAGACGCCGCGAGCGUCAAGGCGACGUACGUCGCGCGCGUCGAGGCGGCGGAGGCGGAGGCGAAGCGGCUGAAGCAGAGACAGAAAGAGGUGAAGGACGCGGCGGACGGCGGCGUCGACGCGAUGGAGAUGAUGAAGGAUCUGCACCGGCUGAUGACGAUCAAGCUGAGCGCGGCGAGGCGGCUCAUGGGGGAGACGCGCGGGAGCGAGAGCGUCACGAACACCGGCGCGAACGUGCUGAGCAUGUGACGAUCGACGAGCGACGACGACGCGCGCUGUGCUGUUAGCUGUUAGCCACCGUCGCGCGCGAUCGAAAUCGAAAUCGAAAUCGAAAUCGAAAUCUAAAUCG